UUAACCGCAGUGAGUCGCCUCUGUGCCCGGUACGGCAUCCCACACCUUGUGAACAACGCCUAUGGCGUCCAGUCAAGACGUUGUAUGCGAACGAUUGAGUCCUCCUGGAAGGUCCUCCUCUCCUCCAACUCUAGUUCCUCCAUCACAGAACCAUCCUCCAAAUCUCCCGCUAAAUCGACUAACAACACUGACCCCCGCAGCAUCGGGCAACCACCUCCGCCCGACUUCCUGUACAUUCAGAGCACUGAUAAGAACUUAAUGGUUCCGGUUGGGGGCGCGAUAAUUGCUGGAUUUUCGGAAGAGUUGGUGAAGCAGGUGGCGGAAUCUUAUCCAGAGAAAGAGGGCAGAGCUGAAGAGUAG